CUGAAAGCGGCAAAGCAGCAAUCAUGCCGUGUGUUAGCCUUACGUGUGAUCCGGGCCUUCCUGCCUAGCUGUGACUACCUGCGCAGCCCCUGGGGUUUUUAUUUGGACUGCCUCGGUUUGAUUCGGUUUGACGUAGCACCAACCGCCAGUGCGAUAACCUCGUCUUGGUUUUCAGACUUGCGCCGCCUCCGGCCCACCUCGAGCCAACUCACAUGCCGGUUUGUACCAUGGCAAGAGAGGAGCCUGGAGGGAAGAGAUGUGAGUCUGCCUCGAUGUAUCGCUAUGUUGUCAUCACGUCCGUUUAAUCUCCGUGCCGAUAGACUUAUGUACAUGUAGACAUCUCCCGAGUGUUCCUGCAUCUGAGGAGUCCGCUGCACAUUCUUUGCAGACGCCAUCGACAUCACCAUGCUUAUCGACGCGGCAGCAGAGCUCGUUGAGGGUCUCGCCCGAGGCCAUCACCCCACCUAUGGCGUUGGGUCCAUGACCUGUUCCAUCUAUGACACAGCAUGGAUCUCUAUGAUCACCAAGGUCGUCGGCGACCAGACAGAGUGGCUAUUUCCAUCCAGUCUCACCCUGAUUCUCGACCAGCAGCACGAAAAUGGCGGGUGGAUUGGUCACGGCACUGAGACAGAUGUCAUCCUCAACACGGCAGCGGCCAUUCUUGCCCUUUGCAAGCAUCGGGGAGAGUCCAACACUACUGACCUCAAUGAUCGGAUCUCACGGGCAACCCAAUUCUUGGACAGGGAGCUGAAAGCCUUUUGGCUUGACGCUUCAACCACUUUGCCUGUGGGAUUCGAGAUGCUACUCCCGAAGCUGCUCCAGCUUCUCGCCAAGGAGGGAAUCAACCUGGAGUUCCCAGCACGCGCCAUGUUGGAAAAGAUUCGGGCCAUGAAGAUGGCACGAGUCAGGCUUGACAAGCUAUACGAAGGGCACAAAUCAACACUCCUACACUCGCUUGAGGCCUUUAUUGGAGAUGUCGACUUUGACCGUCUCAGUCAGCACAAGCAGAUGGGUAGCAUGAUGGCCUCGCCUGCGUCUACCGCAGCAUACCUCAUGAACUGUUCGACAUGGGAUGACGAAGCUGAGGCCUAUCUUCAACAUGUUGUUCUCUACGGUGCUGGGCAUGGCAGUGGUGGUGUUCCAAGCGCUUUCCCUUCGACAUAUUUCGAAUACACUUGGGUCGUGGCCACUCUGUUGGAAAACGGCUUCACUCGGGAGGACCUGGGGACCGAGAGUCUGGAAAUGAUUGGCCAGACUCUUGAAGGGGCGUUUGAGGCAGGAUCUGGGUUCAUUGGAUUCGCUGAGGGGAUGGAGCUGGAUGCAGACGAUACGGCCAAGGGUAUCACCACUUUGAACCUAAUAGGAUCCCCAACCCCAGCGUCCAAAUUGGUCACCCUAGUUGACAGGAAAGCCAAGGAAGCUCACUUCAGGACAUAUGCCGGUGAGAGAGACGCCAGCAUCACCACUAACUGCAACUGCUUGACCUCAUUGUGUGCAAGCCCCGAUGCCAGUCAGCAUGUUGAUGUUAUUGAGAUGGCAAUGCGAUACCUCUGCAACAAGUGGAAUACCGAACCUGUUGGCAUAAGAGACAAAUGGCAUCUAUCUUCGCUGUAUCCAAUGAUGCUCAUGACACAAGGACUCAUGAGCGGGUUAGACAGCUGGGGACGAGGGGUUCUACCCAACCUACCAACAGAGGUUGCUGUUGAUGCCGUUAUCGUCGCCCACCAGAUUAUGGGCCAUCUUCUGCGGUUUCAACGAGACGAUGGUUCUUGGGAUGGAGAACGCGAAUGCACAGCCUACGCCGUCAUCGCCAUUACUCGCAUUGCUUCACUUCCCACCGUCAAGCCGAUUCUUUCCCACAUAUAUUCAGCCCUCGAACGUGCGAAGGGUUUCCUUAGACAAUAUCUCAACUGCGACCUCGAGCCCGAGCAUCUUUGGAUCGAAAAGGUGACAUACGGGUCGCGCAACCUGUCUCAAGCAUUUCUCCUCGCUGCCAUGAAGUGCACAAUUCUGCCCGCUCCGCCCCGUCUGCAAGAGCUCGUUCCUCCCAACCUCGAAGCAACACUCAAGUCAGCCAAAUUGUUCCGGCAGUUGCCCAUGUUUUCCGAGGUCUCCACCUCCAGGAUUGAUAUCUCCCUCAUCGAAAGCUCUCUUUUCGUCUCUCGCCUACGCGAGCGUUGUCUGGAGAUAUUCCCCGGUCGAACAGCCACCAAAGAGAAGCACCUCGCCUACAUCCCCUUCACCUGGGUAGCAGGCAACGAGCUCCACGGCCGGCCCCUCGGCUCCCACAUCCUUCUCGAGAUGAUGGUCAUCUCAGCCCUAGCCUACCAAGUAGACGAGUUCAUCGAGACCUCUGUCUCCCAGCUCCCACCCGAAGCCAUCACCAGACUCCAUUCAGAGCUCGACACUCUUUUCCAUCUCCCGGCUACACCACCCACCACCACCCCAUCCCUCUUCAGCUCCAUCCCCAUUUUGGGCAACCUAUUCACCCCUCCACCAACCCCCCUCCUCGUCACCAUCAAGCAGACCCUCUCCCACUUCCUCACCACCAUCUCCGCCCUCCCUUAUGUCCAGACCGCCCCACCCAUCCUCCAGUCUAACCUCCGCCUCCAGCUGAAAGCCUACCUCUCCGCCCACCUAACCCAAUUGGAAUACAACCACGCCCUCUCCCUCCAACCAAACAAAAACACCCUUGUAUCACCCCCCUCCCCUCUCUACGACUGGCUCCAUACCACCUCAGGCACCCACACCGCCGGCCCCCUCGCCAUAUCCCUCUUCCAAUGCCUCCUCUCUCCUUUUUUCACUCCCACACCGAAAGUCCAGCACUUGUUUAAUUCCAUCUCCCGGCAUUUAUCCGCCAUCUGCAGGAUCUACAACGACCUGGGCAGCCUGGACAGAGACAGGGAGGAGAACAACGUCAACGCGGUCAACUUCCCCGAGUUUGAGGGCGUGGUCGAUAUAAAAGAGCAAAUGAUGGGGAUCGCCGGGGUUGAAAGGAAAAUGUUGGAUCUGGCACUCAAAGAGCUGGAAAAGGAGCUGGGGGGGACAAAGGGGGGGAAGGUGAUGAAGGGGUUGGGGGUUUUUGUGAGCAGUGCUGACGUUUACGGGGAGAUGUAUGUGGUUAGGGAUAUGACACCCAGGGUUAAGUAGACCUGAGAGCGGCCGGGAAAGGGGGGAGGGGGGAGGUAAAGGGGUUCUUUUGUUGUGGCGUUUUAGCGGGGUGGUGGCGCGUUUGUUUGGGUUUGGGUUGUCUUUCUAUCGGUCUGUCAGUGGUGGCUGUUGUGUUUUGCUUGUUCACGAGUUUCAGAGCUUUGUAAUUGUUUUGAGAGAUAUCACUUUGUUUGUUUAUUUGACAGUUCGCUACAGGCUGCUUGUGUCGUC